AUGGACUCCUUUAUGCUCGACGAUGAAGGUGUUCGCGAUCGCAUUCGCCAGGCGGAGGACUUUUUAGAUCCCAGUGAUCCUCAUGCACGGAGCUACAGAUCGGACAUCAUUUUGAUGCUUCAGAAAAACCAGCGUCGCCUAACCGUGAACCUCGAUCAUGUUCGCGACCACAACAACAAGCUUGCUCAAAGCAUACUCGAUCAACCUUUCGACUAUCUCCUGGCCUUCAACCAUGCCCUGAAGAAGAUCGUGGAGACCGUACCUCAAGCGCGCCCAGACCAGACCGCUAAAGACACCGUAUACUACUGCGCCUGGGCGGGGAGCUUUGGUCUCAACUCGUGCAAUCCCCGAACACUCUCCUCGCACCACCUUAAUCACAUGGUGUCCCUGGAAGGCAUUGUCACUAGAUGCUCCUUGAUCCGGCCAAAAGUUGUCCGCAGUGUACAUUACAACGAGAAAGCGGGAAAAUUUCAUUUUAGGGAGUACCAGGAUCAAACAAUGACGAACGGAGUUACUACCUCAAGUGUAUACCCUCGAGAGGAUGAUGAGGGCAAUCCGCUCGUAACUGAAUACGGUUUUUGCACGUACCGGGACCACCAGACAGUUUCCAUUCAGGAGAUGCCAGAGCGCGCCCCGGCUGGCCAGCUGCCCCGUGGAGUUGACGUCAUUCUAGAUGACGAUUUAGUCGAUCGAGUUAAGCCAGGUGACCGGGUUCAAAUUGUUGGCAUCUUCCGCACUCUAGGCAAUCGAAAUGCCAACCACAAUAGUGCGCUAUUCAAAACGAUGAUUCUUGCCAACAACGUUGUGCUCUUGUCCUCCAAGUCAGGUGGCGGCAUUGCGACAGCCGCCAUAACGGACACUGACAUUCGAAACAUCAACAAGGUGGCUAAGAAGAGAAAUCUCUUGGAACUCCUCUCUCAAUCUCUCGCUCCAAGCAUAUAUGGACAUGAUCAUAUAAAAAAAGCAAUUCUUCUCAUGCUGUUGGGUGGCAUGGAAAAGAAUCUUGAAAACGGCACCCAUCUUCGAGGCGACAUCAACAUUCUCAUGAUAGGCGACCCUUCAACAGCCAAAUCUCAACUAUUGCGGUUCGUCCUUAAUACUGCCCCGCUCGCAAUUGCUACUACUGGCCGAGGGUCCUCUGGCGUCGGUCUCACUGCAGCCGUCACAACAGACAAGGAAACGGGAGAACGAAGACUCGAAGCCGGCGCGAUGGUCAUGGCUGACCGUGGCGUUGUUUGUAUUGACGAAUUUGACAAGAUGUCGGAUGUUGAUCGAGUCGCCAUUCAUGAGGUCAUGGAACAGCAAACGGUGACUAUUGCGAAGGCCGGAAUUCACACUUCACUAAACGCUCGUUGCUCGGUUGUCGCUGCCGCAAACCCGAUAUUCGGUCAGUAUGAUCCUCAUAAGGAUCCGCACAAGAAUAUAGCACUCCCUGACUCGUUGUUGUCGCGAUUUGAUCUUCUGUUUGUGGUAACCGAUGACAUUGAGGAUACAAGAGACCGUCAAGUGUCGGAGCAUGUGCUACGGAUGCAUAGAUAUCGACAAGCGGGCACUGAGGAGGGAGCCCCCGUUCGGGAGCAAAUGUCACAAAACCUGGGAGUCUCAGCCGAGAGCCAGGUAGGACCACAGCAGCCGACAGAGGUGUAUGAAAAAUUUGACGCCAUGCUUCACGCUGGAGUGACCCGCACGUCUGGUCGUGGUUCAGCCAAGAAGCCGGAAAUCCUGAGCAUUCCGUUCAUGAAGAAGUAUAUACAAUAUGCGAAGACUCGAAUCAAGCCUAUCUUAACGCAGGACGCUUCAGACCGUAUAACGGAAAUAUACGUUGGUCUACGAAACGACGAAAUGGAGGGAAACCAGAGGAGAACGAGUCCGCUGACAGUUCGAACUCUGGAAACAAUUAUCCGCCUUGCCACUGCCCACGCUAAAGCCCGCUUGUCAAGCAGGGUCGAAGACCAAGAUGCUGCGGCUGCGGAGGCUAUUCUCAGAUUCGCCCUCUUCAAGGAAGUUGUCGUAGAUGAAUCAAGGAAGAAAAGGAGACGGACACAAGCUGUUGAAUUUGCAUCUUCAAGUGAAGACAGCUCCGAUGAUGGGGAUGAGAGCGAGGGUGAAGCAGCCAAUCCUAGGGGAGCUCGCUCAACAAGGAGCGCAACAAGGGCUAUACAUCCAACAACUCGAUCCAGGACAGAAGUUUCCAGAGCUAUAUCAGGUGAUGGUCACGGGUCUGUGUCAAAUAAUGGUAACGCUGCUGUUGUAGACAGUCUAUCAACCCAGCACACGACUCCGCGCCGCUCUGGACGCAGUCGUGGGUCAGCGCUUGAUACAUCCCAGUCACAGACAUCAUUUGCAUCGUCUGCGUCUGCGUCGGCGUUGUUGUCACGGACGCAGGAAGACAGUCAAAUUGAGCAAGACCUCGCCUCUGAGGCUGCAGGGCUAGUGAUCGAUGAUGCCGCGCCAAUCGAUACCCGCCGUGUGGCAGUUUUCAGAACAGCCCUGGGUCAGCUUCUGAAUUCCGAUUUGUUCGAGGACGAUUCCGCAGCUCUAGAUGCUGUUAUUUCCGCUGUAAAUCGUAAGGUUUCGAGCGGCGAUGGUGGUGCGUUUGAACGGGCUGAAGCCGUAAAAGCUCUCAAGAAAUUGGAGGAGGCGAAUCAUAUUAUGUUUGUGGUCCCCAUGUCUAGAAUUUGUGUUCUUUCACCAAACACCAGCUUUAGGCGACAGCCGUGGCUUCCUUGCCUUACAGAAUUCAGGACAUUGUUUGCGGAUGGUGAACUGGUUUACAAGAUUUAA